AUGACGAAACUUGCGGCAACAGCGGCACCAACGGAGAUGCCGGCGAUUUGCGCUUUGGUGAGAGAAGGAGAGCCACCGCCAGCUCCUGCAUCGUCAGAUGUGCCAGUCCCGGUUGGUGGCACCGCAGCACCAGUGGACGAUGUUGUAGAAACAGAGUUGGUUUCAGUUGACGAGGCAGUCGAAGAAGCCUGGGUCGUUGAGGUCUCAGAGGAUGUGGCUGAGGAUGAGCCUGAGACUGAACUCGAGCUUGAGCUUGACUCGGAAGAUGUCGACGAAGUCUUCCCAGAGCUGCGUCCAGAAGAUGACCAACUGGUGGGAGACGGUUUCGUCUCGGUGAUCAAGGUCGUUGGCAAGGUCUGA